UGUCCUCUUUGGUUUGACACCUCUAAUUUGCAUUUAAAUGAAAAUGAUUUUUUCAUUAAACUAGUGGAUAAUAAGUCAGUAUAUUGAUUGGAAAAUUCAAAUAUUACACGUUACAGCCAGUGUACGCGUGUGCAAAUCAACAAAAAAAAAACCACGCCUCGAGCGAAAAGGUAAAUGUGAAAUGGGCGUGCUGAGGGAGCAGCAGUAAAGAAAAUGGCGUAAUCACGCACUCAAACCCAAAAGCAAACCAACAAACGCAACGUAAACGGAAUAAACGAUAUCCAAUCAGCCAGUCAGCAAUCAUUAUUGUAAAAAAAACGCCAAAGAAUUGAAAAUAAAAAUGUAUUAAACAGUGGAAAAGUGUGAGGAAAGCAGCGUAACGUCGACGACAACGGAAUAACUAAGAGCAGCAGCCAGAUCCAGCAGCGGCAGCACGAAGCGAGCACGCAGAAUAAAGAAACAAGGAAACAUUUGCACAGCAAGCCGAGCAACUGCAGCAGCAGCAGCCAGGCCAGGCAGGCAGGCAACGACAAGAAAAACCACUUCAACAAAAGAGGAUAACAUAUUGGAAGUGCUCACACAGACACCCAUACAGCUAACCCAUACACACACACAGUGGAAAGAGAGACGAAGCAUUGUACGUGCCCGAUUGACGGUGGGAAAGUAAACCGACAUCUUUUUACGAGCAGAGAGUUUUGCAAUCAGAAGAAGACGGCAAGCAAGCCUCAGAGAGUGUUCGUUCACAGUUGAUCGGGCCAGCCCUUUGAUAACGCACAGAGGCAAAGAAAGAGAAGGAUAGAGAGAGAGAGAAACCGAACGGCUAACAGUGAGAUCUGAGACGGGACAGGUUGCUGUCCAAAACCAAAAACUCGAACACGCACAACGCAUUUGGAAACCAAGCCAGGCCCAGCGGAGAGUGCGUGAGCGUUUAUGCGUGCGUAAUCAAAGCUCCAAAAACUGUGAGAAGGCCCCCUUCGGUCCCCGCUAAACUGCAUUUGCCCAGCGUUGCCACAUAGCCAGUACGCGUGGGGGCGUAAAACCAGUGCUGGAUAGCACUAAGAAAGACACUAGGAACGGAACCAAUCCAUGAGCAACUAAACGUAAAUUCAACUGAAAAUCCAGCUAAUUGAAUAGUUAUCCUUAUCAUAUAACAGACUCCAAAUGAAAACGAUCGUGCUCAGUCCGGACGAUCUGCAGAACUUCAACAAGUUCAUCUAUGACCCGAAGUCAGCCGCCCAGCUGGCCGCCAGUGCGGGGGCGAUUGGAGCAGCGGCGGCAGCGGCAGCAGCCGUGCACGGCCAGCAGCCAGGAGGAGCGAACACCACCACAGUGCAGCUAGUAGCCGGCGGUGGCGGCCUUGGCAAUCCCACAGUCGUUCCAGUCCCCACCAGCACAGCGCAGACCAGUGCCAAUAACCUGAUGGCCCUGCACUACUAUCUGAAGCAUCCGGGAAUACAGCAGAUGCCCAACGCCACCACGGUCCAGCAUCAAAUUCAGCACCAGCAUCAGCACCAGCAGCAACUGUUGGCUCAGUCGCAGACGCAACUAAAACAGCUGCAGUUGAAGCAGCCCACAAUCCACCAGCACCAGCAGCACAUAAGCUAUCAUCAUCCGUACUACCAGCAGACGCAGCCCCAGCAGCAGCUCCAGCUGCAGCCGCAGCCACAGAUGAGCCACAGCAAUCCGCACGCACCGCUGAAAAGCCAGCAAACGCCACAGACACAUCUGCCCGUGCACGCACUGAACCAGAACUCCAACUUCUCUGCGGCCAGCUCGAGUACGGGCGGAACAGCCUCCAGUCAUGCGCCCACACAGCAGUCGAAUGGCUCCAGUGUAUCACCCACCAUCAUCCAAAGGGUCACGGCUGUGGGCGGACCAAACAGCAGUAACAUUGCAGCCGCUGCCAACGCUCUACUGCGAGCCACGGCCGCCGGCAAUGCCAACACGUCGUCCUCGUCAUCGAGCUCCUCCUCCUCUUCCUCGUCGGCGUCGUCAAGCUCCUCGUCAGCCUCUUCCUCCAGCUCAACGAACUGCGCCAAGAAGCUGAAAACAGAGCCCUCACUCUCGCAGUACAAUCAGACGGAGCGCCUCAACUUCGCCAACACGUACAUCGUGUGGAGCGAGGAGCACUGGCGGCGGGUGGUCUUUCACGACGAGCGACGCUUUAACCUGGACGGACCCGACGGCUUCUCCUACUACUUUCACGACUUGAGGAACUACGAGCGCACUCUGUCGCAGCGGCCGCGAGGCAAUUCUGUCUACAUCUACCUGAUGAUCUGUGUGGGUGGGGCCCUCCAUCUGGAGGUGUCGUCGGCCAAACUGCGUCCCGAGUCCUGCAUCGAGGCCGUUAUGCGUGAGCGACCCAAUAUCAUUAGCAAACUGGGUGGCAGUACGGAGUUUGUCCUGCAGGAUCACAACUGGAUGUCGCAUGCACUGCCCACUGCCCAGGACCUGCUCAAUGCCGAGGGUCUCAAGACCCAGAAGUGGCCAACCAUUGCGCACGACCUCAACAUUAUGGAGAACAUCUGGGGCUGGCUCAUCCGGGAGGUGUUCGACGGCGGGCGAAAGUUCUCGCGCAAGGACGACUUGAUUUUCCGCAUCAAGGAGGCGUGGUCCCGCCUGCCCCUCGAUCUGAUCACCAACCUGUACAGCACCCUGCCGGAGCGCAUCACGGAGUUGUACUACACACAAGGCGUCUACACGAAUUGUUGACAACCGACAGAGCAACGUGGACGUGGACGUGGACGUGGAUGUGGAUGUGGUGGUCUGUUGGCUCCCAGCUCAGGGCACUCCCUUCGGCACAACUUUGCCUGGGAGUGGGAGUGCAGACGGAUUCGAUUCUAGGACUACGUCCGUCUAAGGCGAACUUUCAAGACCUGAUCCUGCUGCCGAUGCCAGCACGCCAUCCCGCUUGGUCAACUAGGGGGGAGCGGCGUUCCUCUGCUGGAUACAAAAAUCAAUACAGAAGAAGGAAAUCUUUAUAAAAUUCAACUUAACUUUUUGUGUAUAGCUUUAAGAUGUGUGCAACGGAGCAGACCAGACCCAGACCGUACCGGACGGACCGACCGACGGACGGACCUACGGGAGCGGGACAGAGAGACGCCUGGUUUAAGGUUAUACAGUUUUUUAGUUAUUUAAAAGAAACACAAAACAAACAAAAAAAGUGAAAGAAAAACAAUCGCGCGCGAGGAUUGGGCACGCCAUGUGUGUGUGGUGACACUGGCAGACACACGAAAAGUGUUGCCAUAUCGCUUUGUAAUUAGUGUUUUUAUUCCUCCCUUCCCCCGGUACCCACCACAUAAACACACACACAACCACCACCCCCGUAAUGUGUAAGGCUUAAUUUUAGUUGUCGUUUGCCUCCCUAUCCACACCAGCCUAGCCCCCAUAUCCCCUCCCCACAGAACCCCUAUUAAAUAUACGUAUUUAGAUUAUACAUAUACAUAAUUAUUAGUUGCAAAACAAAUUUAUUUGAACUUAACUCCUUUUGUUGAUUGUUUUUAGUUAUGCAAGCGAGAGAGAUAAUAUUGUGGUAGAGAAGAAAAAGACGCAUGAAGAGCGCAGAGGAAAUUUAUGCAAAGCGAGAAAAGCAAGCAAGAUGAAAAUGAAUAAAAUAAAAUUGUAACUAAAGUAUUAUUGUAAGGCAUAGUUUUUGUUGUAGCAAAAUACGGAAAAGAACUCACGUAAAUCUAUACAGACAGACAAACACACACACACACACAUAAAUAAACACACGCAAGAAUCCUAUCAUGUAAAAUGUUUACGAACAGAACUUAUAAAUAAACUAAUUAUCAAUGUAAUUAAUACAUAUUAAACGAAAGAAUAACAAAACGAAUCAAAGCAAAAGCAACUUAGUGUUAAUUUAAGAUCAAAAUAACUAACUGAAGAGUAUAGACAACUAGAAAUCGAUAAAAAUCAUGCUGAAUUCAACCCCAAAUACAACCAAGCCCGAACCCAGCCCACUCCACUCCAAAUCCUGCCCGCCCCACUCAAUAGACCCAACAGAACCCAUAGAAUUCCAACAAAUUUCCUAGUGAUGGGGGUGGGAAAAGCACUUUAUUUGCCACCGCUAAAGGGCAGCGCUACUGGCGAGUAGCUCCAUUCUGGGUGUUUCUGUGCGAGAUGGAAGAAAUGGAUAGUGCACACCCAUAAGUACCCAUACUUAGCAAUACAUUGAAUGAACUGAACAAAAUGAAAGCAACUAAUCUAUGAAAUUAUCCUUGAAAUAAAUACACACAUACAUAUAUAAUGUAAAUAUAUGUAUGUAUAUGUACCAUAUGAAACAGUUAUCUCUCGAUUGUAAUUUGGCAGAUACGAUAUGUGAAUGUGAUUCCGCUCUUGUUUCGCUUUGUGCAAUGAACUACUCUGGAAAGGAGAAAUCCAAAAGAACUUUAUACAUGCAUAGACACAAAUACAGAUACACCUACAUACGAGCAUCAUAAGCAAGCAAGCAGAAAGAUCAACAAAAGUGGAAUUAUUACGAUUAAAUAAUAAAAACACGAGAAAUGCAAUUACCAAUAAAAACUACCAGCAAAAUACGUAACAAAAUCAACAA